AUGGAUGAGGAUUCCAUCAUAGUUUCCACACUAGUUCAUGUCAAAAGAGGCGGAAACGAUGUCGGGCAAAGUGAUACCACGAUUGAAGAGCAUACCAAUAGACCGAAGAAGAAAUAUAAAGGAGUUAGUUUACGACCGUCAGGGAAAUGGGGUGUCGAGAUAAUGGUUCAGGGGAAACAGAGACAGUGGUUGGGGACUUUUGAAACAGAGGAAGAGGCCGCGAGAGCUUAUGACAUUGCCAGCAUACGCUAUCGGGGAAACAAGGCAAAGACGAACUUUCCAUUGGAGAGUUACCGCGAUAUUCCACUAGAUUAA